AUGACCGGUUUUUGUGAAAUGGACAGAAUAUUAAAAGAAUUCCAGAGUGGAAUUUUAGAUAGCUCUGAGGCGAUUUCUGAACUUAGAAAGAAUAUAAAUGGAGAAGAAUUGAAAGAAAUUUUGAUAAAUACUUUAGCUUUUGCCCUCAAAAAUUUUAAUUUGAGAGACCAAAAUGUCAAUUGCACCUUUAAUUUAUUGUUUGAAUUGGGAUUUAAAGAAGAGAAGAAAAGCUCACAACUUUUUAGAGGAUUUUCCAAGAUAAUAUUGGAGGAAUUGCUGUUAAAAGGGGUUUUGGCAAAGGAGCUUGGAGUCCGAGUGAAUUCACUCCAGGGUAUAAACAUAGUAUUAAAAAUGAUACAAAAUGAAAAUAUAGAAAACCUUGGGUUGGAUCUAAACCUUAUUUCUCAAAUUUUAUUCCAAAUAGUCUCGAAAGACAAAUCAGUUGUAGCUAAAGGGAUAGCAAUUUCUAAUUUAGGAUUAAUUUCUAAUGGUAAAGAUUAUUUAAUGAAAAUGAUUAUGAGCUCCCAAAGCCAAAUUGAGAGAUUAAAAUCUUUGAACAAUCUUCAAUUAAGAUUUUUGGAUGAAAAUGAUGUUAAUGAUCUUUUUUCCAGAAUGCUGGACGAAAAUAGCAAAGUAAGGAAAGCAUUUUAUAAGAGUUUACUUAAGAACUUAGAGGAUUUUGCAAAGAUGAUAUCUGGAAUUGUUUCAUGGUCUCAAAUAGUGAUUAUUUGCCAGUUUGGACUAAAUGACAGAGAACUUUCCGUUAGGAAUUUUUGCUUGAAUUUUAUCUUGGAGUUUAUUGGAAAAAUCUUUGGGGAUGGUACUUUCAGUUGUAGUGCAUUUAUCUCAUUUUUGGACAAAAUGAUAGAUUCUAUUUCUACAGAUAACCUUUUGGAUAUAACUGUUGCUAAUUUGGAAGCAGUUACAGAAUUAUUGAUUCCAAGGAUAUUAAUGCAUAAUCAUAAUAUUCGAGACUUUUUCCGAGAAUUAUUACAAGAAGAAAACAAAGAAAACUCAAAUCCCGAUCAAAAGCCUAUUUUAAUUUCUGAAUUAAGCCCCAGUAAGAUACUGUCAAUCAGGGUAAUGGUUGAAAAUUAUAAGAAAGAGCUGGAUUUAGAAAACGAUGACAGAUUUAGCAUUGAGAAUCUAAUCUUUUCUAUUUCAAGGUCUUCAAAUAAUUCAUUCCUAAUUCGUCAAAUACUUUUGAUAAUGAACUGCAUAGAUAAGAGUGAUCCUGAGGUGAGAAAAACAAUGAAGUCUCUCGCUUUAAAUUGCCUUAAAUUCACUCCUUUUGAUGAUUCUGUGGAACUUUUGGAGUCAGAGCUAAUUCCCUUGGAGUCAAUGAUAAGAUCAUCGCAAGGAGGUGAAUGGGUAGCUUUCUUUUUGCAUAGAUCUGUCAUUUGGGCCUCCGUAAAGCUUUUGGAAAAUUGCCUGGAAAAUGAUGAGUUCUUAGAUGCAAUCAAGGCGAUUAUAGAAGAGAUUUUGAACCCUAUAGAGGAAAAUGGACAAGGUUCAGAGGCUGAGCUAAGUAUGUAUAAAAUGAAAGAUUUGGUUGAUUUUUUGGAUUCUCAAACAGAAAUUAAGGAGUCUGACGAGUCCUUUUCUGCAUAUCAGCUUCUUAAAGAGAUGGUUGAAAACAGAUGGAUGAGAAUUCUAUUUAUUUUGGAAGCUUCAAUGUCCGUUCUGACUCAUAUAGAAAUUAAAGAUUCAAAAUAUUUGACAGAGGAUAUUUUAAAGCAAUCAACUAGAUUUUUCGUCAGACACUCUCAAGAACAAGGAAUUCCACAGAUUUUGCUUGCAAGGUCUACUGCAUUAAUUACAAUUGUUCAAGAGAAGUCCUCACCUUCUGUAAACUUAAAUGACAAUGAAAAUGAUAAUUUACUUUUUUUCAUUAAAGGCCUGGAAAACGCUUUACAGGAACUCUCUCAAGAGGUAUCUAAUACAUCAAAAAGUCCGAAUCAGUCAGUUAUUCUCUAUGUUUCAGUUCUAUGUGAAGUUUACGUAUCAUCAAUAGUAGAUAUUUUUAUGAUUAGACAAAUGAAAAAGAGAGGAACUUUAGAUUUGGGUCCAGAAACCCUUAAGGGUUUACAGAUUAUUUGGGAGCUUGCAUGUGGUUCAAGCCUCUCUACUUAUAGGCUUUCUUCCAUUUCUCUAAGAGGGGUAGCCAGGAUUCUACUUUGCUUAAGGGAAAGUAACCAAGAUACUCAAAUUUCUAUUGAAAUUUUGAUUUCUUUGCUUUAUUUAACUUAUAUGACAGGUACUUUAGACGAAUUCAAUGUAUUAGUAGAACCACAAAAUAUUGUAUCUUUAAGAUCAAGAAAAACUUCCCCAGAGAACCAAGAUUCUAUUUCAGACAUAUUUUCUGUUGACUUGUUAAUUAACUUAAAAGACUUGUCAAAAUCAUCUGGGGACAAGCAAAUGUUGAUAUAUUUAUUUUCAACUUACAUAACUCUGAGCUUUCAGCAUCUAAGAAACUUCACAAUCUCACUAUAUAGGCUUUUAGAUAGAAUUUGCGAAAAAGUUGGGACAACAACUUGGAGUUCUUUGUAUUCUAAAAACGCAAGCAAACUUCUUCUUUUUGGUAUUUUACUUUUGAGACAGGCAGGUGAGUAUUUAGGAAAGAGUACAAACUCUGAUAUAGUAUCAUAUUCAAAUAUAUAUGGGAUUCUAUCAGGAUAUGCAAAGCUUAGAGUGGACCAUCUUCAGGCUAAUCCUGAAAAAACCCGAAUUUUUGGCACUGAAUAG